AUGCAAAGUGGGGAGUCGGCCUCGGCCGCAGCCAUGAGGGUGUCCGAGAGCGAAGCGAAGCUGGAAAUCCCGCUCCCGGCCCAGAACAGCGGCAGGAGCCCCGGCAGCCGAGGCGGCGGCAACACCAAGGGCUGGCAAUACAGUGAUCACAUGGAAAAUAUUUCUGGCUAUUUAAUGAAAUAUACCAAUCUCGUCACUGGCUGGCAAUAUCGAUUUUUUGUUUUAAACAAUGAAGCUGGCCUACUGGAGUACUUCGUGAAUGAACAGUCUAGAAAUCAAAAGCCCAGAGGUACCUUGCAGCUAGCUGGAGCUGUAAUUUCACCCAGCGAUGAAGACUCUCAUACCUUCACUGUUAAUGCUGCUAGUGGAGAGCAGUACAAACUAAGAGCCACCGAUGCUAAAGAACGGCAGCAUUGGGUUAGCAGACUCCAGAUAUGCACGCAGCAUCACACGGAAGCAAUUGGAAAGAACAAUCCUCCACUGAAAUCUCGCAGCUUCUCUCUUGCAUCCCAAGGAAGUGGCAACUCUCCUGGUGUUCAGAGGAGACCCAGCCAAAAUCCAGUUUCUUUUUUUAGUGUUGGACAUCACAAGUUGCCAGCAGGAAAGAGAGUUCCUAUUCUGCAGCCAGACCACCUAGUAGAUGUUAGAGAGAUGAUGUCUCAGGCUGAGGGACAACAGAGAGACUUGAUCAGAAACAUAGAAUGCCUUCCUGCCUCUGGUCACCUUACAUCCUUGGAUCCAGACCUGUUAAUGCUGAAAGCAACUUCCAUGGCAACUAUGAACUGCUUAAAUGACUGCUUCCAUAUUCUCCAACUACAACAUGCAUCACAGCAAAAGGGAUCCUUACCAGCAGGGACAACGAUCAGUUGGUUGGAACCAAAGAUUUCUUUGUCAAAUCAUUUCAAAAAUGGAGCAGCUCAAGAUUUUUCAUCAGAGCCAAACAAGCCAGCAUCUGUCAUAGAGGAGCAGUCUAUGCCAGAGCCCUGCCAUCUAACAAGGGAACCUGAAGAAAUAAACCCAGAUGAGGAGCUGGAGGAUACAUGUGUUAACAAAGAGGAUGACCUCGGAGCAGUGGAAGAACAGCGCAGUGUUAUCUUACAUCUCUUGUCUCAGCUGAAACUUGGCAUGGAUUUAACAAGAGUGGUUCUUCCCACUUUUAUUUUAGAGAAACGUUCUUUGCUGGAGAUGUAUGCAGACUUCAUGUCUCACCCGGACCUCUUCAUUGCAAUCACAAAUGGAGCUACCCCAGAGGAGAGGAUGAUCCGCUUUGUUGAAUAUUAUCUCACUUCAUUUCACGAAGGUCGCAAAGGAGCAAUUGCUAAGAAACCAUACAAUCCAAUCAUCGGAGAAACGUUUCACUGCUCUUGGAGGAUGGCUAAGGGCGAAGUAGCCUCUGACUCAAAUAGUAACUCUUCAUCCCACUCCCUCUCAGAGCAAGCCACUCUUUCACAAGAGCCAGAGGGCCAAGUGGAGUCAGACUACUAUACAGUCAGAUUUGUAGCUGAGCAAGUGUCCCAUCAUCCUCCCGUCUCAGGGUUUUACGCUGAAUGUGUAGAGAAGAAGAUGUGUGUAAAUGCUCAUGUCUGGACAAAAAGUAAAUUCUUGGGAAUGUCAAUAGGAGUAACAAUGGUUGGUGAAGGACUCUUAAGUCUUUUGGAAUAUGGAGAGGAAUACACGUUUUCUCUACCUUGCGCAUAUGCUCGAUCAAUUUUAACUGUUCCUUGGGUAGAAUUGGGAGGAAAGGUCAAUGUUAAUUGUGCAAAAACUGGGUAUUCUGCAAGCAUUACUUUCCAUACCAAACCAUUCUAUGGUGGCAAACUGCACCGAGUCACAGGUGAAGUAAAGCAGAAUGCAACAAACACUGUAGUCUGCAGAGUACAAGGUGAAUGGAAUAGCGUGCUUGAAUUCACCUACAGCAAUGGAGAGAUCAAGUACGUGGACUUGACAAAACUGUCAGUGACAAGAAAACGAGUACGGCCCCAAGAGAAGCAAGGGCCAUUUGAGUCUAGGCGACUGUGGCAACAUGUAACAGAGUCUCUGAAGGAUGGAGACAUCGAUAAAGCAACAGAGCAUAAGCGAGCCCUUGAGGAACGGCAGAGAAAUGAAGAGCGACUUCGUGCUGAAACAGAGGCACCGUGGAGCACAAAAUACUUUGUUAAAGAAGGAGAUGGCUGGGUGUAUUAUAACCCCCUUUGGAAAACAGUCCCCACCAUACAGACUCAGCAAAUGGACACUAACUAG